CGCGCUGGUGGGUUGGCAGGCGGCAGGCAGGCAGCGAGGUUGGGUUUUGUUGUUCGUGGAAGCGAGUCGCAGGUGGGCGCCGAGCGGCGGGCACCACCGAACCGGACCCGAGCAGCGCCGAGUGCGAAGCCCCGCGCCAAACAGCGUAAGCGGCAGCCCGCGGAGCCGCCGCGCGCCUCAGUCUGCGCUCGGCCCCCACGCUGCCCGUUCGUGAGUGACGCCGUGCUGUGACGCUUCUGACAGUUGUUAUCGUAAUCGUGACAUGUUUUCGUAUCGGAACUAUGGUGUAUCCCCAUGAAAAUGUGGAGUGAUUUCCAGGGCUCGGGCGGCGGGUGCGGCGCCAAGCGGCGCGCCGGCUCCCCGUGCGAGGGCGGCGGCAAAGUCGCUCGCUGGGAAGAUUCGAUAGCCAGACUUGAAGCCGUGGCCGCUGGUGCUGGCGGCGGAGAUUGUUGGCGGAGCGAAGAGGAAGAGAGGCGAGCCUGUCGCCGGCGAUGGUGCGGCGGCUGGUGUGGCGCACACGACACCAUCCGUGCCGAGAACGGCAAGUCCUACUUGGAGCUGGGAGGUGCUGCGGCGCGCGCCUGUUGCGACGGCCGCGCCGCCGGCCGCUGUGCCUCGCGACGCUGCUACCGCGAGAGGCGAGUCAAGAUGAUGAACUUGUGUGCGAUGAAGUUGGCGCGAUUUCGUCAGACGGCGGACCCUUCGCUGCGCCGGUCUGUGCUCGUGUGCAAUACUCUGCGUGGCAUCGAACGAGAGAUGGAGCGCGAGAGUGCCGAAGAGGCACCAUUCGAGGCUGCAGCGUGUGCGGCGAAUGGAGCUGCUCGCUGCGAGUUGUUGAACGCGCGAGACCCGGCCGGUGGCCGCGCUACGCCAUUCCCUGCUCCGCCGCCGCCCGACCGGGACUCCGGCUACGGCGACGAGGAGCAACGCACCAUCGAUUGGGGUUCCGUGUUGAGCCUCUCGUCACGUUCGGCGCUGGAUCCUCCCGAAGACACUUGGCCGGACGACUGGGGCUGGAGCGAGGACAGUUUUGUGCGGCUGCUGGUGCCGACGAGUUAGUGGGGGGCGCGCGGGCCGGAGUCGCCCGCGCCCCCUUGAGCGCCUGUGAUAUGCC